GAGUAUUGUCAUUGUUAUUUAAACAGUGUCCAAUUGAUGGCAGAGGCUAUUUAUCAAUGGAGUGGUCUCUCAAUUGAAAAACUAGUGAGCAGUGAGCCCCUUCCUAAAAAUCCCGCCUUCACAAAAUCAGCGAUGGUAUCUCUCCAAAUCAAGCUCGGGCUGCCGGCGCCACACCUCAGCAACUCACUAGAUCUAAAGCAGGUGCCGUUGCCGCCGCGCGCGUUAUCUUCUUCAGCCAAGCAUCCCGGCGAGGAGGCGGCCUUGCUGAGGGAGUCGAUGCCGAGACACGUGGCGGUGAUUAUGGAUGGGAACAGGAGGUGGGCCCGGAUGAGGGGUUUGCCGGUCGGGUCGGGCUAUGAGGCCGGGCUUCGGGCCUUAAAAAGGACGGUGGAGCUCUCUUCCAACUUGGGGAUAAGGGUUCUUACUGUCUUCGCCUUUUCUUCCGAUAAUUGGUUUCGCCCAAAGGUAGAGGUUGAUGUCUUGAUGGCAUUGUUUGACAGAGGGUUAAGAGAGGAACUCCAAAAUUUAUUAAGUGCAGAUGUUAGGAUUUCAAUCAUUGGGGACUCCUCUAAACUCUUCAAUUCAUUGCAAGCAUUGCUAGCCAAUGCAAUUGAAACCACCAAGAAAAACUCAAAACUUCACCUAAUCAUCGCAGUUAACUACACUGGCCGGAGUGAUGUUGUGCAAGCCUGCCAAAAGGUCGCGGCUAAGGUGAAAGAUGGAGUCAUUGAGCCCGGGGAUAUCGAUGAGGUUGUAUUCGAAAGGGAACUUGGAACGAAUUGUACGGAUUUCCCACAUCCCGACUUACUAAUUCGGACCAGUGGGGAGCUGAGAGUCAGUAAUUUCUUACUAUGGCAGUUGGCUCAUACUGAACUAUACUUCACUGAUUCACUUUGGCCUGAUUUUGGUGAAGAUGAGUUCUUACAGGCCUUAACUUCGUUCCAACAAAGGCAGAGACGCUUUGGCUGUUGAAGCUUUGGUUUCGGAAUGAAACAUCCUCUCAUAGUUUCAAUCUAAGUGGAGCAUUUUUUAUUCGAAAUGAGAUUUUGUUGUUUUGUGAGUUAAGUGAAGAAAAAACAAAGUAUGAGAGAAAAUAAAAUAGGGAGUGAUGUUUUUGUUAUAAA